AUGAAACGCAAGAUAUGUUCCGAAUGUAUAAAUCAAUCUAUUGCCCUGAAUGAUCUAGAAAAGUCGGUCGACAAGUUGUGUAAGCUGGUAUCAGAUUUUGUUAAUGACGAGAAAACGAUAACCGAAAAUGACAAUAUUAAAAGGCAAACGUUGUCACAGCUGACCUUAACACAUCUUCAAAAAAGGAUUAACGAUGAAUUACUUACAGUCAAACUGUUUGAAGCACCCCACAAACGUUGUGAGACAGAAACGACGCCGAUUGAAAAUCUAUCACGGUUAACAAUCAAAGAUGAGACAAAGGCCCAGAAAAGCUGCCGUGAUUGUGUGAAGCAGUGUACUUUGGACGCCGUCAAAAAAUCACUCGACAAGUUGUGCGAGACACUCAAUGAAACGCAUAACAAUAAAAGAAUUGUUGAAAAACGAGAGAUAUCUCACUUGAGCACUAAAGACUUGAAUGGCUUUGUCUUGUUAUGCAUGGACAAAUUCCGUCGUUGA